AUGAGAUAUUUUCUAUACUCUGUUCUUGCAGUCUGCCUGUGCAGUGUUCUGGCAUAUGACUUCAGCUAUCCUAAGAGAUAUAAUGUUGAAGUUGUGUGUGAGAACGCCGAGGCUCAGAAGUACAUCAGGAUCGGUGAGAAGUACUACUUUAUAGGAAUAGCGAAAACGGUUAGCUGGUUCGAAUCAGUACACAUUUGCCGUAAAUUUGGUGGAGAUUUGGCACUGAUUGAAACGGCCGAAGAGAUGAAUGCUAUAUCAAACUAUCUAAUGAAAGAGGGCUAUGAUAAAAAUGAUAGGCUUUGGAUAUCGGGCAACGAUCUUAUUACAAAUCAAAAGUUCAUGUCUAUAACAAACGGAUUGCCAUUGGCAUUUACAUCUUGGUCUAAUCAUCAGCCCGACAAUCCCGGCAUCGAGCAAUGUGUACAUUUAUGGCUCAAAGAAUCUGCUUUCCGAAUGAACAACUGGAUCUGCACUCAUAAGGCGAAUUACCUAUGUCAGAGACAGAACUACACACGCUGUCGAGACAUCUAUUAA